AUGGAACCUCAUAGAGAAGGAAGUAUUUAAAAGCAUAUAUCCACUUUAAGUGUGAAGGCAGUGUGCAUAUGAUCUGAAAUAUUUGUUACAAUGAACUGUGGGUGUUAAUAUAAAGUGCCACAGUCCCAAUUUAGUGAGGAGGUGGAGGACUGUGUUUAUUAUUUUUAGGCCAUUGGUGGUGUGCAGAGGAGAGAGUGCACAGUGGAGGAGAGGGAGGACUCCAGCUCCGCGACAGCAGCAGUAAGGACAGACUCAGAGCUUAUCACCAGAGAGAUGUUGUCCUCCCGGUCUUCUCUCUGCUUGCUGCAGCGCCAGCACUCUCUGCCUCUCCGACACUCUCUCUGGAGCUGGGGAUGUGAUGGGUGUCGCAGGUGAGCACCAAGGAGGUUUCCUUCAGCGGGGCAACGGGCGGAAGAUAGAACGCACUUACACUCCAUUGACCGUAGUGAACUUCGCUGUCUUCUCACAGAGCAGACUCGUCGGGGAAUAACACAGCCACUGGUUCAUCAGGAGAUUAAAGCUGCCUCCUUGCACUUGCACUGCUUUCUUUCUUUCUGUUCCUGGGCUGAAAUCCGGGCAGGCUAAUUCUUCAGCUUCCGAGUCCCAGAGUUGCUACAUGUUGCUGCUUGGCUUGAAUCUGGUUCCCUUCCUGUCCACAUUUGGAGAUUUUUGAGCUGACGGGUUCCGUUGCUGCCAGGUUCAAGCCAUGACAUUUUCAUGUCUACCCUAAGUGUGAAAGCCUGCCUGUGACAUGGAAAAAACAGGACUCUACAGACUCUUAUAUUACUUCAUUCUCAACUCCCACUUCAUGAUAUGUGCAGAUGCUGUGUUCAUUGAAGUCCCUAAAGAUAUGAGUGUUGGGGAAGGAGAGGACGUAGAGAUGCCCUGUGCCUUCAAAGCCCUCAGCUCUGCACCGAUGUCUUUGGAAAUUCAGUGGUGGUACAUCAAGCUGUACAGCCCUAAAGAAGCACCUCAUGACCUGCAGAUUGGUUCUCCAAUGAACAGGACCAAGGGCAGUUUAACAGAAGCUACAAAAAUAAGUACAGUGCGUGUUCAAGGGAAUGCCAUCUCUCACCACCUCAGUCUUUCCAAAGUGAAGAAAGAGGACGAGGGGGUGUAUCAGUGUCGUGUGUCUGAUCUGUGGGCCGAAGAGACUCAGGACCUUACAGUUCAUGCUUCAUUGACCGUCACAGCACGUGGCGGGAUGGUGGCUGAGGAGGCUGUGUCACAUAUUCAGAACCGCUGGUUGUUAAGGAAUACCAACAUAGCUCUGGGAGGGAGCACCACCUUCAAGUCCAGUCAGGGACUGACAGGAGGAGCCAGGACAGGGCAUGAGAAACACUGGGUACCUCAGCUGGGCCAGCCUGACCUAUUACCCUCCAUGUCAUCCAGCACUACUACCUCAGUGGCCAAGUCAUCAGCCUCAAGGCUGGCAGGGAGCGCAGCCAUCCUCUGGCACAAGGCUGAUCAUGCACAUGUCUUGCUUUUUGGACCAUGCCAUGCCUGUCUGGCCAGCCUGUUUCUGUUUUGUUCCUGCCUCAUCUCCUGCAGAAUAAUGAGCACUAUGGACCCAUUACUUUUCAUCACUCUUCUCUUCCUGCAUAAGCUCCUGUUUAUACUUUUAGCCUACUAAAGAGAUUUUCCAGAAUUCUAGUUUGCCUACAGGUUUACAGACAAAUGGAUGGGAGGGGAAAGGCAUCUCUCAGAAAUGCCAUGGAGAUGCAGCAGCAUGACUAGUGACUGUUGAGAAUGUGGAGAGGAGAAACAAGCUCUGUUAGAGCCAGGGCAUGAUAAUGGCUGUACCUGUGUUCUGCAUCACAAAUCCUCACAUUAUUGUCAGCAUUUCCAAUGUGUGUCCAUCAAAACUCUGUGAGCCAACUGUUCAUCUGAAACUAGAUUCUCACAUUUGUUGUAUCAAUGACAAGUAACCUCCAAGAUUCUUUUUCUUCUUUUCUCAAAGAUAGAAAUUUAAUCAGCAUGGGAUAUCAUUUAUAGACAACUAUUUUUCCGCAGCUAUGUCAGACCUCCUCAGUAUACAGACGUAUUUUUCAAAAUAUGUUUGAGUCUACCAUUCCUCCAUGAACACAUACACACACUUUUGUUCCCAUUGCAAUGUUCCAUAACAAAAACAAAUGUGUGAUAUAUUUUGAGUGAGAUAAGAUGUACCUUAGUAUUGUUCACUUAGUAUGAAACACUUCUUUUAAUGUCUUUUUUGUUAAACUUAUGGUGAUCAGUGAAACAUUUCACCACUAUGACACAUAGGUUUAUUGAUAACAUGCAGCAGCCAUUCAGGUGAACGUUGAUAUAAUAAAAGAUUGCAAAGAUAUUGUGUGUUAAUGUCUUUCAUUUUAUCACAGGGCAGCUGAGAUGGGUUCUCAUCCAACCUUUCUCUGGGCGUUGCUUUUAACCCAGCGCCUCCCCGGAGCAACCAUAUUGUUUGCGAGAAAUCUCUCAAUUAGUAAUGCCCCAUUUUCAGCAAACAUCUGUCAUUAUUACACUCUGACUGAAAAAAGUUAAGCACCUGCAAGAAAUAGUCCAGUUUGUUCCUAAUUUGGUACACAAGCAGACUACUAAAGAUGUACUCUUAAGAAGCUGCCAAAGCUAGAGAGGGCAGUAGAACAGAUAAAUGGUGAUAUUAGAAUUGGAAUGAUAGCAUUACAGGCUGUGGUUAAAGUAUCCAACAGACAUUCAAAACAGUGUUUUUUAUAGAUAUCUCAAAGAUAUAUUAGAUAACAUCCCUAUCACUUGAAUGAGUUGCCCUUUUCAGAAUGCCAUGAAGUCCAAUUUCUCAGCAUGUGUAGACCAUGGUUUGCACAAGGUAGAUCACACAAAGGGAGGAUGAUUGUAUUGUGUGGCAAGCAUUAUGGAAACGCAGGACAUCAAUGUCUGUGAUUCAGACACAGGUAUUGAACUCUUUAUAUUACCUUGUCUCUCAUUCCGCAAAGGGUUUAAAUAACUUUUUUCAAUGUCCCAUGGACUGACUUAUCAAUAACAGAACAUCAGAAAUGGCUGCAUCAGGAGCACUGCCAUAACCAGGAGGCAUAGACUGAUUAACGAGUGAUGCCUCAGCAAUAAAAUUUCAUCAUGAAUUACCAGAGAUCACUGUGAACCUAUCGUGAUGGCAAUGAGAGAGAAGCACUCCUCCAAAUAUCCUGGAAAGAUGCACAGGUGUUGCAUUGUAAUGGUAUGGCUUCAAUAACAUACUAUGUUUGCACAUCUUACUCUUCUUGAGACACCUCCCUGAUACAAUGUUUUAGCCAUUUUCACCACCGUAAUUUUGGAAGUGCAGUAGGCAGCAUAUAUAUCACUACAAUACUCAGAAUGGGGCUACAAACAAAGAAAUAGCAUUUGUUCUAAAAAGAACAAACAUAUAACUGCAAUUAUUCUGAGAAAGGCCACCACAGUCAUUGGGACAGAACUGUCUGAGAAGCAUUUCUGGAAAGGCAUCGCAGAACCCUGUACAGUAGGUGAUAGAAAGGUGAAUGCAUAAAAAAACAAAUAAUAUUUAGACUGCCUGGGAUUUAGUCUUUAAAUAUUUUGCAGGUAAGACAGAUUAUUGUGGCCAGUCAAUAUGACUAUGGGGUGUUCAGCCUCAGACCAGUAUCACUCCAUUCUAUUAACAUCAACUUUACUGCCAUACAUUCCUGUUCUCCAACUUUAUUAUGUGCUCAGAUAAGUGUGAGGAAUUAAAGCGCAGGGAUGCAAUUUCACCUCAAGACUGGACUUUUGGAAAGGACUGUCUUAACACCUAAGUUUAAAACAUAAACCUCAUAAAGACUCAGUUAUAGACGCCUUUCAGAUUUUCGCGCACAAAUAGGUGGGUAUCACUUUUUUGGUUACACAGGACAAGAGGAAAUAGCAACAAAUAGUAUGCUUAACCUCAAUAUUUUUUUAUUUUUUCUGAAUGAAAACCAUCAGAAUAUAACAGUAGUACAUUCAACAAACUGAGUCAUACAAUUCAGAUAACUGACCAGAUCAAAGGCUGAAAAUCAGAUCCGCACAAACCCAACAAAUUCUAAUAAAAAGUCUCAGUUCCUAACACAUUUUGGUGAAGCUUAAUGAGCUAAUGUAAUUUUAGUAACUGUCAAGAUACACUCAACAACCAAUUGUUAUCACCAUUCUUAUGAAGCUAAUAAUAUGUCUGCAUAAUGUUUAUUUGAAAUAUUCAUGCUUUUGCUGGAUGAUUUGUGUAUCCAAGUAAUGUUUUUGAAUUUCCCAGAAUCUGAGCAGAAACAUCCUGGAGCAUCUUCAGUUGUGGGGAUAGGGGUGAAAUAGCGACAUUAUUUUGCUCAUCCAGAGAUGCAACUUUUCACAUUACUGCGGGGCCAGAGAGCAACCAUCAUGUCAGACUGAGACAGAGGCUGAAGACUCCCCACUGAAUUAAUCUCAUCUCUUUCAGCUGAGCCAAGCAGAUAGAAUGUGACUAACCUGCAUCUUACAUAAGCCAUAAUGACGCGUAAUCAAGCAUAUCCAAUAACCAGUGCCUUAGGAAAGCUUUCAUAAUGUGUCAUCUGCAAAGGGCCUCUGAAAAGUAGUUAAGCUGCUAGGGCCUCACUUUAGACUUGGCUUUAGACUUAUUUUGAAAAUACAUGUUAUUAAUAAUCUAGACCAAUGGAUCUUAUAAUAGUGAGCGUGGCUUUCAUCCUGGUCAAGAAACAAUGGACUAUACCUCCUAUUAAUAGAGCUAUGGAAGUUUGAUGUUUGAGUUCACAUGUGUUUUGUACAUGUGGAGAAAGCUUCCGAUGGUGUCCCCUGAAGUAAUUUGGUUGAGAGCAUUAAGGAAACAUGGUCUGCUGUUUUCACAGUCCCUGUAUCCACAAAAAAUAUCUGUGAAGGCAUUCUCAGCAUAAAUUUGAGUCUGUCCCUGCUUUUGUGGUGGAAAUUAAACCUUUAAAUAAUUUUAUGAGACAACCAGUUGGUUAUAUAGUAAGUGCUGGAAUAAUUGUAUAUAGAUAUAUCUUACAUUUGCUCUUCUAUUUAUCUUUACUAUUUGACCUUUAUAACCUUUCAUGCUGUAUGUGUAAGCAAACAUGUGAUGAGUUCUUUUGCAGCCAAGGAGGAAAGGUGGAAUCGAGAUGAUGCAAUCACAGUUGGGGACUCAUCACAAAGAUAACAGUUGAUCGUGCUGAGAGGAUCGCACAUAUCUUAAGAUUAUGGAGACUAUGCAAGUGUGUUUGUACAAGAUAAAGGGGUACAUGAUCUAUGUCACGUUGCUGCUGUUUGUUCCCCCACCCUUUAGAGCAGCAACGCUCAUGUAACUAGGGACCGCCCUAAAGAUAAUAAAAAGAGGAUUUGGCGAGAUGUGUUUCAGAGCGGUAGGAGAUUUGUAACUGAAGCACAUCUC